AGCAAGUACUUUUGAAACACCCUCUGUAGUACGAUUGCUUCAUUUGUCUGCAGUACAUAAGGGUUUUGUUGGGUUUUUUUGGCUUGGAGGAAGAGUAAAAGCUCUGCUUAAAAAGAGAUGCAAAUUGUUGAAUCAUAUUCCCAUCUAGAGCCAUAUUCCAUCUUUUGGUUUCAGGAAAUUAAAAUUUAGCAUUACCACUUCAUAUUCCAGGUCACUGCAGUGAUCACUGUCUGCUCUCAGACAUAGUCAGUGUACUCAGGUCCUAACAAAUAUGAGAAUACACAGUUAGUGUGUACAUUUGCUAUAAAAACAAGAAAGACCACUAUACUAAUAAAAAAAUAAAGCAACUGGUUAAUCCCCAAGAAUCCUGUAACUUGGGCUGCCCUCAGAAGUUCUAUCUAAAUCUUGUUUAGAUAGCAGAUACAGUCAUCUUUCACAUCUGGGAAUGAAUACGGGACCAAGAGAACUUCACCUUGUCAAGACACGGGGAAACGCAUUCCUGGGAGAGGAUACAAACAGGCUGUGUUGGCUGGAAACCAGAAGAGGAGCCAUAACAGUAGAAAAGUUCUAGAAAUGUUUUCAUGUAGAAGCUACGAAGGCAAAAAUCUUAUUUUCAUAGAUAGCUUGCUAGGUUUCUAAAGAGGGUUUAUAUGAAAUGCCUCCACACGAUAGCAGGGAACUGAAUUCAGUAAACCAGAGAUUUUUUCCAGCUCCUAUGCAGGAGUUCGUGUGAGCUCCUUAGGAGGCUCAUGUGAAAUGUAUCAUGUCAACAUUAGGAGAACAAGCAUAAUGAAGAACCUUGUCACCUCCAAAGGGAUUGGUCUGAGCGUUCUUUGAAUUCCAAAUGGAACCUGUGCUUUUUUCCUCUUGGACCCAGGUCCUCCCUGUGUCUCUAGAGGGAGCCAUAUAUCCCAUGCAGGUUAAGCCGUGGUGAGGGCUAAACCACCAUUUAACAAGUUAUAAACACUUGUUGCACUCCCCCGAAAAGAGGGUCUCUCUGUUCCAAAAACACACCUCAUUAUCUGGUGGAAACCUGUUGCUUCCCACGUCUUAAUGGCUACUGCUUAAUGCCCUGCUGCCAUGGCACAGGAUCCUCCAGGCUUUUGCCUUGAACUUUACCUUGAAGUUUACAUAGAUGACUUUCAUCCGUCACUUAUUAGCUGUGACCAAUGACUGGCCAUGUGAGUAAGUAACCUUGAAGUAAACAGGGGUGUGAAUUUAACGAGCACCGGAUAGUCCAUGAUAGCUGCUGCCCUGAUGAAAGUGAAGGACUUUAUCCCACUUGCAGUGAGAAGUGAGCUGCCUUACAUUUCCUCACAUUUAUCAAACCACAUUUGGGCAGAAAAUUUUGAAAAGAAGAUGAAGUAUCUCCUGUGCCUGUGUUUACUCCUUGCUGUUCUUUGUGCUGUAACCCAUUGCCACCAUGAAGACGUUUGCCACGAAGUCAAUAAUACUAAUCUGCACGAUGGAACACAAAAUUUAUUGGCACAUAAAUGUGACAAGCAAGGCUCUAACUAUGCAGAUUUUGUAUUUAGAUUUUACAAGCAGGCUAUAUCAAAAGAAGCUGAUAAAAAUGUUUUCUUUUCUCCCAUGAGCAUCUCCACUGCCUUUGCCAUGCUGGCUGUUGGUGCUAAGUCAACCACCCUGUCUCAGAUUUUUGAAGGGCUGGGCUUUGACUGCCUGACUGAGACUCACAUGCGUGAUAUACAUGAAAGUUUUCAUAAAGUUUUAGCAGUACUGAACUGUGCUGAUGUUAAUAUCACAUUAAAUAUAGGGAAUGCCCUUUUUACAGCUAUUGGUUAUGAACCACAGGAGACAUUUUUGCAAAGCACAAAGCAAUUUUAUGAUGCAGAAUUUUUUUCUAGCGAUUUCCGUAAACCAGAAGAAGCUACAAAGCAUAUCAAUAAAUAUGUAGAGGAGAAAACCAAGGGGAAAAUUCCUGAGUUAAUUAGUCAUCUUGAUCCAAGUACUGUAUUGGUUCUUGUUAACUACAUUUAUUUUAAAGCUGCCUGGGAAAAUUCUUUUGAUCCUUUGCGUACAUAUGAGGAUGAUUUUUUUGUGAACACAAAUGCAUCUGUUAGAGUCAACAUGAUGCGGCGUGACGGUAACUAUGACAGUCACUACGACCAGGAUCUUUCUUGCGAGGUGGUAGAGCUGCCUUACAAGGGCACUGCACGAGCAUUGCUCAUUCUGCCUGACAAUGGAAAGAUGAAGCAAGUGGAAGAUGCUCUCUCCAAGGAAACUGUUUGUAAAUGGGAUAACAAACUUGAGACCAGGAGAUUAGAUCUGCAGUUACCAAAGAUUUCUAUUAGUGGGUCUUAUGAUGUUAAAAGCCUGUUCAAGGAAAUGGGCAUUACUGAAGUAUUCUCUAGUAAUGCUGAUCUGUCUGGAAUUAGUGGCAGCCGCAAUCUUCAGGUUUCACAAGCAGUCCACAAGGCCCUGAUGGAAGUUGAUGAGGCCGGAACGGAGGCUGCAGGAGCCACAGCAAUAAUCCUUAACAGACUUCUCCGUCCUUCCGUUACCAUCAAAUUCAACAGGCCCUUCAUUAUAUUGAUUUCUGACAAAGCAACCAGCACCACACUUUUCAUGGGGAAGAUUGUCGAUCCUACUCAGAAGUAAUCGCUGAGUUAUUGUGCAUGCUGGUUUUCAGCAUGAGUUACAAUGGCUACCGUGUUCGCACAUGUGGGCUAGUUAGUGCUACUGACUACUCUCCAAUCGAGGGAUAUUCAGCAGUAAAUGAGGGAUUUCCUUAUCAAACUGAUAAGCAAAAAAUUGUAAAAAAAACACCCAAGCAACUGACAGUUUUAAAAUGUAACAGUUGAAUAACUCAAGUUAUUAACACGUCCAAAUUUUCCUUGGAAGACAGUUUUUUUGUAAAGUCUAAUGCUAUUUUUGCAAGAGAAUUCUCUCUGCUAAGUGGUUUUGCUUCCAGUGCUGGCUUGCUCGCCAAAAGCUUUAUCCCAACAGGCAAGAAAUCCCUUGCAAUUCUAUUAUGUCUUCUCUGGGACUUGCUGAUGGUCACUGUUCACCUGCGCCAGUCCCUGCGGAGUCCUUUCUGCCUUACACAGCUCUUUGCUGCCUAGGUCGUUGUUGUUUACCCUGAACCAACCUGUUCUUUCUCACAUGUUCCAACUCUUUGCCUAGGACAUCUUAAAAAAACACUGAAAAAAAGAGAAAAUCCCCAAAAGGAGACAACAGACUUAUUCUGCUGUAGUACUCACUGUAAGUGUCUUUUUGCAGUCUCCAGAAUCAGCAAAAAACUUUGAGAGACAGUGACAUUAGGCGUAAACUGUCGAAGAAUCGUCCCGCUACAAUGUCAUCCAUAAAUUAUUGCUAUGGCUGAUGAAUAAAAUAAGCAGUCAUUUAAAUCCAUCACUUAA